CCGUGCUGCGGUUCCAAGACGUUUGCCCACCCCUAGCAAGAGCAAUGUCAUCUGGCCCGGACCAAACAUAAUUUUUAGAAGCAAAAUACUCCUACUCCGGUUCAUAGUGGUGACCAACCCAUGCUCCCAGAAACACCGUCAAUGCUCCCGCCGCCGGCCCUUCAUCCGGCGCCGUCUUUGACUCCACAGCCGCCGUCCUCGGAUGAAGACUUCUUCUCGUCAGCCUCCGUGGCAUCCACCUCCUCCUCAUCGGAAGAGGAGAAACAUUGCUUGACUCCCUCCCCUUCUCCCUCAAGCAUAGCCCCGCAGAUCCCUAUCUCGUGGCCGGUAGACGGAACCCUAACUUUAGCAUGGGUGACGGACCUCAUGCUCGCCUUUGAUUGGGCGUCUAGAAAUCUCCCCCCCGCAGAUCUCCCCACCGUUCUGCCCGUCGAGGCCUUCGACCGGCUUGUCCUGACAGCUUCCAAGAUCUUGCAUAAAGAGCCCAAUUGUGUCAGGAUCGAUGACGGGUCGGGUCUGGGUCCAGAGUCUCGGGUUGUCGUGGUGGGGGAUGUUCACGGGCAGCUGCACGACGUGCUUUUCUUGUUGAGGGAUGCAGGGUUUCCGGGCGAGGAUCGCUUCUUUGUGUUCAAUGGGGACUAUGUGGAUAGAGGAGCAUGGGGUUUUGAGACCUUUCUUCUCUUGCUGGCUUGGAAGGUUCUUAUGCCACGGAGAGUGUACUUACUUCGUGGAAAUCAUGAAUCCAAGUACUGUACUUCUGUUUAUGGCUUUGAGAAGGAGGUCCUCACAAAGUAUGGGGACAGGGGUAAACAUGUCUACAGAAAGUGUUUGGGUUGUUUUGAAGGAUUGCCUCUUGCAUCUGUCAUUGCAGGUCGUGUAUAUACUGCACACGGGGGUGUUUUUCGCGCCAGUGUUGUUACUCCAUCUAAAAGAGCUAAAGGGAAGAAGACUCGUAGAAUAAAUCUCAUCCCUGAUCCGAGUGUUUUAUCCCUUGGCUCCUUUGAGGAGCUUUCUAAAGCUAGGAGAUCCGUCCUUGAUCCCCCAUGGGAAGGUUCUAAUUUGAUCCCAGGUGAUGUCUUGUGGUCUGACCCGUCCAUGACCAAUGGUCUUUCCCCAAACAAGGAAAGAGGGAUCGGUCUUUUAUGGGGUCCAGACAUGACAGAAGAGUUCUUAAGGAAGAACAACUUAAAGUUGAUCAUCAGAUCACAUGAAGGUCCCGAUGCAAGAGAAAAGCGAUCUGGUCUUGGAGGAAUGGAAGAAGGGUACACUGUAGAUCAUGUUGUGGAAUCUGGGAAACUGAUCACAUUGUUUAGUGCACCAGAUUACCCACAGUUUCAGGCUACAGAAGAUAGGUACAGAAAUAAAGGGGCGUACAUUGUAUUGGAACCUCCUCAUUUCGACUCUCCAGUUUUCUGCAGUUUUGACGCAGUAACUCCGAGACCCAAGGCAAACCCGUUCUAUGAUUUUGAAGAUGUUAUAGAUUCGGACGAAGAAUUGGACUUGGCAUCUAUGGUAACAUCAUGAGAGUCUUCCAGAAUCAGUGUUUCGAGUGAAUCCAUAAGGUAAAAAGAAUUUUCAAAGCCAAAGACACAAAGGCAUAACGAAACAUUACGGUUGCAAAUGAUGGACAUGAACUUGGUUAACGGGCACAUUGUAAAGUAAGACCAAUAUUUAUUUUGGCGUAAGGUGGCAUUUGUAUGAUCUAAAUUAGGCAUGCAUUUCUUCAUGUCUUUUAAUGUUUCAUUUUGUGUUUGUCUCGAGGUUUUUUGUUUUUUGGUAAAGAUUUAUUUGAUGGUAAUUAAAAAUUUACCUUUUGAGGUUUUAAUCCUCUCAAUGAGGUGUAUUAGUGGUUUGCUGCUUGUGUUGUACAAUAUUUUAGAGUAAAUUCCAUAAAAACUAUCCAGUUAU